ACACCACUCAUUCGGUUAAAUCACAGAACAGCCCCACCUUGCUCAUGCUAUACUACCAAGCUUCUCUGAUGAAUCAGAAUCAUAUGGUAUGAUCCCAUUCAUGUCUCAAACAUAAGCCAUGAUGCUAAAUGCCAUGCUUAUGAUUCUUGAUCUAGGUUGGUGCCAUCACAUUAUUCUAUAGCACCCACUUCCCCUUCUCAUGUUUUGUUGAAGAUUUCUUUGAUUCCUAUGUAUAACUGGUGCGGUUUGGAAGACUUUCAGCGGUUCAGUCCACAAGAUCACUCAUGCAGGGAAGGCAACUGAACAACUUUGCCAGUAUUAGCAUGAACUCUAGCUGGUAAACUCCUCAGAUUUUGACCAUAUAUAAAGACACGCUGCUACUCUGCUAGACUCCAAAUCUUCAUGCUGUCAGAAUUCUUGUUAGUCACCGUUUCAAUGAUCAUGAGUGGAGUUGGUUUCAUGACCACAAAUCAGAGGCAGUGGGACGUAUUAUGUACCUAGAUUUAAAACAAAUAAACAAAUAAAACAAACCCUAAGUCUUCUUAUCCCUGCCAAUCUUUCAUUUUGCUAACCAUGCAAGACAUUGACCGACCCACUGAAUCCAAACACCACCCACUAAUUCCAAGUUAGUGAACAAAUAAAAAAAUUGCCUUAAAGGAAGUACAGUGUCCACUUCAACUCUCUCACACGUGUCAAACAGAAUAGCCCGUACAACCACAAAAACCCACAUAACUGUUAAGGAAACUACUUUAACUGCUAUUGCUACCAAAGCAAACCAAGUGCAAUCAAAAUUCUCUUUCCUCGUCUGUUAAUAAUCCGAUAGAACUCUGUUAUUCAUAAUAGUUCUAUAGUUUGAACAGAAUAAUAAUAAAUCUAGUGGUAAUAAUUUAUAAUAAUUCUAUCCGAUUAGAUAAAAAAUAUUGUCUCCCAUGAUCGAUAUCUAUGGUCUAUACCAAAAAAAAAAAAAAACUCGAACGUUGCUUUCUUUCCUUGUACAGAUGUGCACAAUCUUCUCCCACAAUCUCGCUCUUUUGGUCGGAAAAUAAAUCAUCAUGCCCAGAUCUUGUCCUGCCACUGAUUUCGCUGUCCUCAAGUGGGAAGAGUCCACUCUCCAACAAUGAAUGUUUGAAAUGGAAAAUUUACAUGACCAAAGUCUUCUUUACCUUCUAAUUUGGUUGGAAUUUUCGUGGACAUGAAAACAAGGCCUUUCAUUUCCCAAGGUUGAUUUGGAUUGGAUGAUGAUGGGUACUAAGAGCCUCUUUAUGCUUAAGUCCCACAUUGAUUCCAUCAACUUACGAGUUGUGAACGAUUUUGUUUGUGUGAACAUGUUGUGGGCCUUUGCUUCUCUGCGGGUGUUUGUUUGCAACUAUGUUUUCUAUGCUUUUGGAUUGUUGCUGAGAUAUCUCUUCAGGUUUCUUCAUUUGGGAGAUGCAAAAGAUGAUAUUAUUGUUCAGAGACUACAACAUGUUGAGAAGAACCGGGUUUCUGAUUCUGAGAUUGAUGGGUUCCGAGAGGAGCUUGCUAGUUUUCUGUUUUGGAGUGAAGAUUUUCAUGAAGAGACAGAGGGAGAAACAGAGAGCUCUGUUUCUUUCAUGGAGGUUGCUCCUGAAAGUGAGAGAAGAGAUGGAGAGACAGAGUUCUCUGCUUUUUCCAUGGAGAUUACUCCUGAAAGUGAGAAAAGAAAUGUUGAAACAGAUUGCUCUGUUUUUAUGGACAUCCACUGUGAUGCUCAUGAAGAUGGGGUGAAAACAGAGGUGCCCACAGAGAGCUCUGUUUCAGAAGAGAUUGAUUCUGACAUUCGUGAAGGUGGUAUGAGUAGGGGAAUAGAAGAAGAAGGAUUUGUUUUCAUGAAGAGUGAGUCAGAAAACUCUAUUAUUCAUGAAAAUAGUCACGAAGUUGGAAAAGAAACAGAUGAACUUUUUUCCAAGGAAACCAACUCAGAUGUUCAUCAACAUGGUAAAAAAAUUGAUGAAGAUGAAAUAGAGAACUUUGUUUACUUGGAGAAUGACUCUGGUCUCCAUCAUAGAAUUAUGAAGAGGGAAGAAGAAGAAGAAAUUGAUGAACCUGUUUCUGCGGAGAUUGAUUCUGUUGUUCAUGAAGAAUUCAAGAAAAUUGAUGAAAAUGAAACUGGGAGUGGUGCUUUAAUGGAGAAUGUCUCUAGUGAAACUGUAAAUGACGAUGGUGAGAAAAUAGAUGAAAAUGAGGACUCUGUUUUCGAGGAACAAGAGUCUAAUGUUCAUGGAGAUGAUACAAAGAGAGAAGAAAAAGAAGAAGAAACAAAUGUGCCUGUUUUGGGGGACAGUAACUCUGUAACAACCACAAGUAAGUGCGAGUACUUAUCAGGAAAAGAUAUAAGUGGGUUCAUGGAGGAACCAACAACAUUGAGGUUCAGUUUUCGAGAAUUUUACAUGGGUCCAGAUGUUUCAACCGUUUCUGACAAUGCAUAUGCCAGCACAAAAAUUAUUGCCGACAAGGAAUUUUCAGAGUUUGGUUCAGAGAAAAAGCCUCUGGCUCAAGCACAAACAGAGGACUCUGUUCAAGAAGAGGUUUCAGCACCUUCUACCCAUAUCCCUCUUCACUUUGAGAGUGAGAUGUUUGGUGGAUCCGAUUCAUCCGAUGAAGAUUAUUUUCUUUACAACGAAAACUCGGUGACAUCGGAUUCGGAGUCAGAGUCGUCUAGCUCAAGUGGUCUGAACUGGGGCAACAGCAACAAAAUGGAUGAUUCAAUUGUAUACCAGUUUCUGGGUGGUAAAAAUGGUGGUGAAGGAUUUCAACCUGAGAUUCUGAAGCUAAUGAUGAGAGAAGAAAGAGCAGAAGAUGUGGAGGAGAAGCAUUCUUCAUGUGAUGGAAAAGUUUCAGAAUUUAGUGCUCAUGGCAUUUAUUCUAAAGAUGGGUAUGUGGAAAUGGAACCUUGCAUGAAGGGUUUGAAGUCCUUAAAAGCACAUGGUUUUGGUGGUAAAGAAUCUAAAAAAGCUGUGGUUAAAGAUCAAAGAGAAGGUUCAAAAAACAAAGAAGAAGAGGUGUGUAGGAAUGGCUUGAAGAGAAAUGAAGAAAUUAGGUGGGAAGAUGAAUUGAGUGAUUCAGAAUCAGAUGAGGGUGACUUUGAAUGGGAGCAUGAUGAUUUAGUUGAACAGCUGAAAUUGGAAUUGAAAAAUUCAAGGCAAGGAGGACUUGCCACAAUUUUAGAAGAAGUGGAAGAGGCGAACGAAGAGGAAGAGGUGGUGGCGUUUGAAGAGGAAGAAAGAGUGUCCCCAAGAGUGGUUGAAGAUCCAAAGCCAAUGGAAAUUGAAGAGAAGCUUGAAUACAAGGAUCAAAUUGAUGAAAUUCAUAUAGUUUACAAGAGCUAUGCAGAGAAGAUGAAGAAACUUGAUAUCUUGAAUUACCAGACCAUGCACGCAUUAGGUCUUCUUCAACUAAAAGACCCUCUAAAAUUAAUUUCAUUACCAAAAUCCGCAAUCCAAGGUGCAAAGCCUGUAAUCUCUCAGAACUUGUGGCCACGCAAAGCUUCAAAGAACUCAUCAGAUCCAUUGGUGAAGCUUGUUCAUGAACUGCAUAGAGAUUUGGAAUUAGUAUAUGUUGGGCAAGUUUGCCUCUCUUGGGAAAUCCUUUGUUGGCAACACAAGAAAGCCCUUGAGUUGCAACAAUAUGAUUCACAAGGGUCUCAUAGUCAUAGGUAUAACCAUGUUGCUGGUGAAUUUCAACUUUUUCAAGUCCUAGUUCAGAGAUUCAUAGAGAAUGAGCCAUUUCAAGGCCCUAGGCUACAGAACUAUGUCAAGAACCGUUGUGUGAUUCGCAACUUGCUCCAAGUUCCAGGCAUUAAAGAUGAUAGUAAAGGGGAUGAAGAAGAGGAUGCUAUUGCAAGUGGAAAGUUGGCAGAUAUCAUCAAGGAAUCAAUGAGGGUGUUCUGGGAAUUUGUUCGAGCAGAUAAAGAUUAUGGGAAUGUGAUCUUUAAAGCUUCUCAGCACAACAGAAUUGAUCUUAAAGACCCUAUAAUUUCUGGUCUUAUGGUGGACAUUAAAACACAACUACAGAAAAAGGACAGAAGGCUCAAGGACAUAGUGAGAACCGGGAAUUGCAUAGUUAAGAAGUUCCAAAAGCACCAUGAGGAUCAACUUGAUCAUGAGCAAUUGGUUGCUCAGGUGGGGUUGAGAUUGAUUUCAAGGGUGGUAAACAUGUCCAAAUUGAGAAAAGAACAGCUAAUAUGGUGUAAUGAAAAGUUACACCGAAUCAAGUUUUUGAGCAGGAAGAUUGUCCAGGUGGAACCUUCCUUCUUGCUUUUUCCAUGUUGACUCAAGUCAAUUUGUUCUCAAUUGUAGAGGAAGAGAAGUGCUAGAGGAAUAGAGAUAGGGAUACCUUUUCACAGAAAAAUUAUAUCCUAGCUUACACAGAAAUUGAGACACACGUCGCAGAAUUCUCAGUGUAUAUAUAUAAGCUUGUUGCUUAUACGUCAUGGUAAUAUAAUAAAUGCCAAGCUGAUCUUUGGAAUAAUUUUUUUAUUUUAUGUCCAAAAAUAUUGUAGUAUUAUUGAACAUAAAAAAAAAUACUAAAAAUGUUCUCAUAAA